UAUUCAAUGAUCCAAACGAUGCAUUGCCUCCGCCUCCACCGCCGUCUACAACUGGGAGCCAGCCAGAGUCGUGGCUGAUUGAUUUAGGAGAUUCUGAGCCUCAACAAGGUCAAAUCCAAAUUCCCGGAGAUCUGAUCGAUACAGCUGGUGGAUCCUCUAAUAAUAAUAAUAAAGACCAACCAAAGACAG